AUGCCUUCGUUUACCACAGUGCUUCAGGACACUUCUCCGAUGCUCAACUACUCGCCUGAAGGUACAUGGAGGGCAGGGCUUUCCUCAGACACUUCAAUGGAUCAGUACUCUGAGGCCAGUUUUUUCGUUAGCCAAACAAAAGGCGCAACAAUGUCUUUCUCGUUCUAUGGUACUUCCCUCGCUGUGAUAGGUGCAAAACGUGGAAAUCACGGUCCUUACCAUGCAACCAUCGACGGAAUCGCAUCCGAAACGUUCAGCGGGGUAUCAAAUCCUGACCAAUUUAAUCAAACUCUGUUCAGCUCGGAGUCACCUUUGGGCAACCACGCUCUUGCUUUUUUGAACGAUGACAAUACAUUCAUCGACGUCGACUACGUGGUGUUCCAAUCAUCCAUAGGAGAGGACGGGGAAAAUCUUAUCGUUAAUACUUUUCAGGACACACAUCCAGCAUUUAAUUAUGCGCCUUCGUCUUCCUGGGGUACCCCCAGUAAUGUGGGAACAUUCUCUGGUGGUUCAGGCCAGGUACGCGCCAGAGACGCCAUUGCAUUAUAUGGACCGGUCGGCCCCGCCUCCUCAGGUUUUAGCGUCAAAAUUGACAGCGGAGUACCUUUAUCCCUGAAUGCCAAUAAGCAGUUCUACCGCUCGCAACAGAUCUUAUUCUUUGCUGCAAAUUUGGGGAAAGGAGAGCAUACAUUAACUUUAAAUCUAAAUUCUGCGACAUCAUCAGGAGAAUUCGCAAUAGAUUAUGCCAACGUUUAUACGACACCUUCACUUGGAGGAACGUGA